AUUUUCGAGAUAUGGGUGAUCCUGUGGGCAGUGAAAAAGGGUUAAUAGUAUUGAAUAGUAAUAAAGGUAUAAAGAGGUUCGUUACUUUGUAGUGGAGGUUCUUUUACGUUUUGUUCUUCAAUUGUAGUGAGAGUUCAAGUUAAUUUAAACUCAUAUACUUAAUUAAUAUAAUAUAAAAUUGGUACAAGUUGUAACAUUUUUUUAUUAAGUGUUGUCUAAAAUAUAAGAAUAGGUAACACAAGUUAUUUUAUUGUACAAGUGUUGCAUAUUAUUAACAAUAUGCAACAAAAAUUAUCGUGCUACUGAUUUGUGUUGCAUAAGAUAUAUAUUAUACGACACAAAAUAAAAGUGUUGCCUAUAUUUAUUUUAUGUAACGCCUUUUAAAAGUGUUGCAGGACAAAUGUUGCGUAAAGCCACUUUUCCCGUAGUGUUAGGAUGGCGGGUGGCAGGGAGAUAUAGCUACGAUGUCAGUCAAAGUAAUUAGGCAGUUAGGCUCAAGGUUGAGAUGGAUCUUGGGUUUGGAUAGAGGUCCGAGGUUGGAGUUAGGUUUAGGGUCAAAGUCGAGGUCAAAUUAAGUUGGGAGUGUAGUUUGAGGUUUGCUGUCGCGAGGUCAAGGAUCAAGUUUGAGGGUUACAUCCACAGCCCACAGGGCCGGCCAAAACUUUGUUAGUGUCAAACUCAGAUGGCCUACAGAACAGGGAUAUCCUAAAUAUAAGGCUAAGUGAGUCCAAAAUUAUAUAACUAAUCAAAAGUGGAACUUUUUGAUGAUGGGAUUGGGGGUUUUUGAAAUUGGUUAAUUAGGUUGAUAAUUCUUGGCUGAAAUUUGAAUUUAAAUAUAUAAUCUGAAUCGUUACAUAUUUUCCUUCAAUCCUUAAGCUUGUAGAGGUGAUUGGGAGAAAGAGAGUCUACGCAAGACAAAUGUGCAUCGAAUGACAUUUGGAGAUAAGCAAGAACACUAGUGUGCCUCGUCUCAUCUCUAUUCUUUCUCUAAUUUCUGAAAACAAAAAAAUUUAUUUUAAAGUUUUGGAUAUCUUUCAAUGUCUAAUUAUUAAUAGAAUAAAAGUUGAUGAUCCCAAGUGGAUUUAUUUCAAACACACAACAACAAAAAAAUAAUAUCAAAGACAUGAUAAAUGAGACAUUCGAACAAACUUAUUCCAGAAAGAAAAAAAAAGUAUAUACUUAGAUAAAUAUCAAAUUUACGAAUACCAAACAUUGUGACAUUUCGCAUGUUGCGCGCGCUAGAAAUUCGGAAGGUUAUCUCCUACACUACACCAUCUAGAAUAAUAAUGGUGAGGUUGAUGAUAAGGGCGGAGGAGGAGAAGGAGGAGAGUGAAGAAGUGGAAACCAAUGAAAGGCUGGCCUUUUCAUGGUGGCGUAGUAAAUGGGCCCGCGGGCCCAUUUCUCCAUUCCGAUAUCCCAAUUCCAUUUCCACCCUUUUCCCUCCUAUAAAUACCCGCCUUCCCCCCUUCUCCUCUCCUUCCCAUGUCCACUUGACCAUCCACCUCUCCAUUAAAAAAAAAACUCUCCCCCUCCUCCAAACAAACAAACAAAAAUUACUUCACCUUAAUCACAAUCUUCCCUCCACUAAUCCUUCCCGCCGCACCGCAGCCAGCGGUCUCCCAGAGACCUCUGUCGCUUGCCGUGUGUCAGCUUUUGGCUCUCACAAGAGGUAAUUAAUAAUUAAUCUAUUAAUCAUCCACCUCUUCGCCUAAUCACCAUCAUCACAUCAUUAUCAUUUUAUCACUCUCUAUCGUACACAUACUAAUCUCUCCUUAAUCAUGCAGGGUUUGAACUUUGAACACAUUGACCGCCGCACCGAUGUCAUCUUCUCUAAGCAGAAGCUUUGGCGGCUUAUCCGCCUCCCUCAACGAAGAGGUGAUGGUGACCUCUCAAAAGCAGGGGAUCAUCUCCCUCCUCCCUACCGGCUGCUCGUCACCGGCUCCUCCUCCGCCGCCAUUAUCCCUCCGCCGGACUCUCUCCGCCGACAUGUCCUCCAACGCCUGGCUCAACCGCAACUCCUCCUCCUCCGCUGCCACGCUCAAGAAAAUCGCCUCCUCCAACGAGCUCCGCCUAGCGGCGGACGAGCCGCAGCAGCGAGAUCCGGAUCAGGAUCAGGCGGCGGCGGGACUGUUUGAUACCUGGAGCGCGAUUAUGUCGGCUCAGAAGGGGAAAGAAGACGACGGCGGCGACAAUCCUCCUCCGCCGUACAUCCACCCUCUCGUCAGGCAGUCGAAGAGCUGUCUCAGCGAGAAGAGCCUCGAGAUCUGCACCGAGAGCCUCGGAUCCGAGACCGGAUGCGACGGGUUUUCGUCCUACCCGGGAUCCGAGUCCGGGGACAACGAAGAGGAAGUGGAAGCGGCGGCUGUGGAGGAAGCGGCAGAAGAGAACAGAGCGGAUCCUCCGCCGGUGGUGGCGGCGGCGCAGAAAUUCGACAUAGAGGAAGAGGAUAUCCGAAUCGCGAAGCUCAACGCCGGGAAUCUACCGAUCUGCGGCGUCAUGAAGAAGUCCCCGCCUAGGUCGUUCCCUCCGCCGAUCACUUCCUUGUCCCGCGGCGCGGCGACGGGGAGCCUCCUCAUGAGGCCGCAUCGCGACAAUGGGAGGCUGGUCCUCGAAGCCGUCUCGUUCGCUUCUCAGAACAAUUUCCGCGCUCAGCGCGAGGACGGCCGCCUCGUCCUCACUUUCGUUCCCGAUCAGGAAGAGAAAUCCGCUGAAAUCGCUUCCGACGAGCAGCAAUUCGAGGUCGAAUUGGACAACUCGACUGAAACCCUAGAAACAGAGGAAGAAGAAGACGAAUUUGAAAUGGAAGAAGAAGAAGAAGAGGAAACAGAGGAAGUGGAAUUUGUGAAGGAGGAACCGCCCAAGCUGACAAGUGGGCCGAUGAGUGUACACAGGCUGGCAGUCAUGAUGAACAAGCCCAUCUCCAGAAACCCAACUUGGCCCAAACAAGUGGCCCACCACGAGGCUAAAGAAGAAGCAGAGGUGGUGACGAAGGCGAUCAACCAUCCACUGACGCAGUCGCUCCCGCCGCGGCCGCCCAGAUCGGCAGCGAAAUCAGCGGCUACAAAGACGGCCGCAGCAGCUACCAACAACCCUUACGAGUGCUACUGGAAGUCAUCCUCCAAGCUGCUGAUGCCAACAUCGGCAGUGGCGGUGGCGGCCGCGGCGGCAGAGCUGGUCGGUCCGAUUACCCAAAACUCUGCACCAACCAAAAACGUCAACAUCAACGACGCGACCAAAAUCGCGCCACCGUCUUCCAUGGAAAAGGGUCAGCUGCUGGAACAGCGACGGCAGGGGGAACUGGUGGUGAAGCGAGGAGGUGAUCAUUUCGUGCCAUGGAUUAAAGGCUGCAAGGAGCCUAGAAGGUCGCUAUUGUUCUGGGAGCCUCAUUGCAUUGCCACUACCUGAACAACCACCAUAAAUUUUCCCACUUCCACCCCAAAAAACAAGAACCAGUCCGACUGAGCCAUCGGGAUGAACAUAACUCAGCCAAUUUGAGACGACGACCAUUUUAACAAAUCCAUCAAAACCCAUUAUUAUUAUUAUUACCACCAUGAUUAUGAUAAUAUUUAGUUAUUUAAUCCCCUACCCUGCCUUGUUUUCCAUACUUUUCCCCUGCCUUUUGGGGAGGGUGUGUUGUGUAAUCAAAUAAAUGAAAAAUAAUAUAAUUAAUAAGUAUGUGAGGAAAAGGGGAAGGGAGGUGCUAGAGAGGGAAUAUAUACUUCUUUGAUUUUUUAGAAGAUCAAAGGGAAGGAAAGGAAGGAAAAAAAAAUACUGGAGGGAGAAGAAACAGAGAGAGGAAGGUGAUGAAACACCUCUGUUUUUUUUUUUUUUUUUUUUUGCAUUGAGUCUGUCAGGUUUUGCUAUUCUAAUGAUAAAAUUUUUAUCAGCAAGCACUAGUGCUGUUGUUUACUAACACCAACUGAAGAAAAAUCUUUGUCUCUGUUCGUUAGUGUUAAUUACUCUUUUGGGUGUGUUUAGUGUUUAAUCUCAUACUUCUCUGUUCAUAAUAUAUAAAUAUGGAAUUAUUAUGAAUGUGGGAAUAUGUAAAGGUGGUUUUGCUUUAGAUCUUUGUCCUUUUCAUUUUUGCUUUUGAGGGGUUUGCCUUUUUCUGUGAAAAAUUCUCUCCACCAAUGGGGUGCUAGAGAUUGGGUUGUAUUGUCUUGUCUAGCCACUGGGAAUGGGGGACAUCAUGAUUCUGCUUUGAUUUGGGAUGUCCUUUGUUGUUGUGGGUUAGGUUAGGCCCUAGGGUUGGUCACUACUCACUGAUUUUUGGUUCAAAAGUAAUACUCACUUCAUGAAAAAUAUAUAAUUAAAUAACUUACGUUUAAAAUAGUCGAGGUCCAGGACCGCACCGGACAGAGUAUAAUGCGCUCCAGUUCCUGGUUCACAUGAAUUUUACAAUUAUUGAAGAAAUGAUGGACCGAGCUGAUAUUUGGACCGGACUGAACCGGACCAAAUGGACAGAACGCAACGAUUGUUCGGUCCUUGGUUCUAAGAUGCCUUUCACUAAUGGACCGCGAUUCUAAUGAGUUUGGUCUAGUUUGAACCGGACCGAACCAUUGCACACCCCUACCUAUAACGGUAAUAAAAAUAACAUAAAUAAUUAAAAAUAAUAUAAUUAUAUUUAUGGUUGUACCACUACAAUUCAAGGUUACUACGGUGUUAAGCCCCACUAUAGGGAACAAGCUAACUCAUCAAAAAGGAUUUGAUAAAUUUGGGUUCGAACCUGACUUAUCAUUAUGUAAGUUGAUCGCUAAGUUGUUUAUUGUUGCAGAUAUUAAUUACUUAUUCCAAGUAAUUAAUUUCUUGUCCUCCAAAUCACUUGUUUUUUUUGUCCAUGUAAAAGUCUAAAAGAAGGAACCUUGGUUGUCAUUAAGGUUUUAGCUCUAUGUUUAUCUCUAUAUAAGGUUUAGCUACGGUCCUGUUGUAAACAAGUCGCCACAAUGUAGUCCUAUAAUAAAAUCUUCAGCCGUGAGCUCUUUCGAGCUCACCGUGGAUUAGUCUCGUCCAAUCAAGAACGAGGAUACCACCUAAAAUCAUUUGUGUUGUGUGUUCUUUCAAUUCCACGUCAUCAAACUCUUCAUGGUAUCAAAGCAACUACCAUUGCUUAAGGAACUCUUUACUUACCAUCUCGGAAAUAGGAAGGUUGGGAGAAUGGUUGGUAAGAGCUCGUCUAGUCAAAGGAAUUUUGUAGGGUUGAAAAUCAUAUGGUUAUACCUUGUGUUAGUAGUGGAGAGUGAUUGCUUUGUUAUAGCUGCCAUCAUUCUGUUCCAUCCAGACUCUGUUUCCAACGGGAUUUCCGUAACUCGGCUUCCAUCUUGAAGCUAAUACAGUUGUCACCACCCAGGAGUAAGUUGCAACCCACUCGUUAUAUAGAUAUAGACGUAGCUAAUAUAGUAUUUAAAGAAGUGGUUAAGCACAAUACAUGGGCCUGUAUAAGAUCCAACAUAACCUUUCUCCCAACAACUCUAGUUAUUGGGAGCAAUUGGUUCAUGGCAUGGUAUCAGAGCUGGUUUGUCAUUGACGUCACAUGUUCAAGUCCUCACGACCCCCCAAUAAUAACCGUUAUCUUUCAAGCACAUGGUAAGGUUGGGCCUGUGCAAACUUCAAGCCCAUGAGUCGGCUUUCGUUUGAGGGAGGCGCGUAAGGAAGUGGUUAAGCACCAUACACGGACCUGUAUAAGAUCCAGCAUAACCUUUCUCCCAACAACUCGAGUUAUUGGGACCAACUGGUUUAUGACAGUAUUUGGUCAAGAAGUCUAGUCAUCAUCGUGAUCUAGUCAUCCAUAUCAAGAUCACGUAGAAAACAAGUCUUCACCAACAUCAAAGUCAUGAUGUUGAAGACAAUUGUGACCUGCAGUGGUCCUCUCUUCAAUAGCUAGUGUUGGGGAGAUAGAAUAGCUUUUGUCGAUAAAAAUUGUCAAGUCAUGGAACGAGGUAGUCACAACACAAGAAGUUGUCCACUUGACAUUCAGCACUAGUCAAUUUCAUUCUUCACCAUUAUAAUUUUCAAGCUGGGCAUUCACGACGUUCAUGCUUCAGCUCGAGGGGGAGAAUAGGGAAUCAACUCACAUAAGUCGACUUGUUCAGUCAUUAAGUCGAACGUGUGUAUCUAUCAAUUAUGUUGCUUGGAGAAGCACAGUCAACAGUGCGGUUAGAAGUCUCCGAAGUCAGCAACGCAGUAAUCAGUCUCCAGUCCCAUUCAAGAUGUCAAGGUAAUUUCGCUAUGUGGAGUUCACUAUUGCUGAACUAGGUCAAGCAUGGAGUCGGAUCAGUCUCAUCCAAGAUGUCAAGGAAUUUCACCAUGUUGAUUUCACUGUCAAAAAAACUGGGUCAAGCAUGGAGUAGUUUCAUCAUUUGUCUACCUCUCCGGCUCUCCCGCAAGUGAACAAAGUCACAGCCUGUUCGAUUGUCAGUGCCAGCAAGAGGUUGUUUGAGUGUUGUUCAGUUUCAAACUCAACAUUCUUGUCAUUCAUGUCUUCGCUUGAGCGGGAGUGUUGCAGAUAUUAAUUACUUGGUCCAAGUAAUAAAUUCCUUGUCCUGCAAGUCCCUUGUUUCCUUGUCCAUUUAAAAGAAGGAAACUUGGUAUUUAUUAGGGUUUUAACCCUAUGUUUAUCUCUAUAUCAGGUUUAGCUAUGGUCCUAUCGUAAGCAAGCUGUCACAAUGUAGUCCCAUAAUAAAAUCGUCAGCCGUGA